CUAAACUUCCCUCACUCCCACACAGCUUCAUCUGUUUUCCCAUCAGAGAGAUCGAGCUGAUUUCAUUCACCCAGAAUUCGAAGAAAUCAUAAACCAGUCAAGAUAUACUGGAGUAGCAGCUAGUUAGUUUCAUGGAGCGGUUGAGCUCGUCAGUUCAGGCAUGGGUGGAGGAACACAAGCUCGCCACCAUCGGAGGCGUAUGGGCGACGGCCGUGGGCGCGUCGGUGGCGUACGGUCGUCGGAAGUCGCCGCAGAUGCGGCUGAUCCACGCCAGGCUGCACGCGCAGGCCCUCACGCUCGCCGUCCUCGGCGGAGCCGCCCUCGCGCAUCACUACUACACUCCCAACAACAAGAAGCAGCAGCAGCAGGAUGACUACGAUUUCUACUCGCAGCUGCCGCCGGCCACCAACGCCGACGGCCAGGAGAACGAAAGGUGGAGCUGGUAGUGUAGUGUUAGCCUCCUGCUUCCUACCUGAAACCACCCAAAAUAAAAGAUGAUGAUGAUGAUCGAUUUCUAGCUUAGUUUAUUUUUUGUGUUAAUUUGUCCUAAUCCAUCCAGCUAGGCUGCUCUUAUCCUAUGCAUCCGUAUAUAUUAAUCAAUAAAUUAUCCAA